GAAGCUCUUUAAUGUAAUAAAACAAGAACAUCAGCAUGACAGCAGUAGAUAAAUCACAAUUGCUAAUCUUGACCCAAAUGUUGAUAAAAGCUCAUUUCAUUUGUGCCCCUUCUGUACGAGCAGCUGUUCAACAGUUCAGAAGCUACGCGGCACAAAAGAUGACUUCUAGCCCUAAGAGAACAAAACUUAACGAUGAGGAAAGAAUAUCUGUUCUUAAUCCCCUAAAAGAAUCAGGGUGGACACUCGUGGAAGGGAGAGAUGCCAUAUAUAAAGAAUUUUUGUUCAAAGAUUUCAAUCAGGCAUUUGGUUUUAUGUCACGUGUGGCACUGAAAGCAGAAAAAAUGGAUCAUCACCCUGAGUGGUUCAAUGUAUACAAUAAGGUGCAAGUAACUCUAAGUACUCAUGAUGUUGGAGGAUUGUCCCAAAGAGAUAUUACCCUUGCCAACUUUAUGGAGCAAAUAGCCAAGUAGCUUCAGGGUGAUUUAAUAGUAACCUGCAACAAAAUGUGUGUUCAGGGAGAAAUCUUUCUUAAAACAGUACUAGAGUGUGACUAGUCAAAUCUGAAUAGCAUUAAUAUACUGUGUGACUGAGACUAAAAAAAAAAAAAGAGCACUGUUUAAGUUUCUUAAUUGCAUUGAUUUACUUUUUAUCUGAAAGAAGAAUAUUGCAAAUGGAACAUUCCUUAACUCAAAGAAAUGUAAAUUUUGUACUGUAAGUUAUUGGAAGUUGUAAAUGUUUGUUUUUUUAACACUGAAUUUUUUUUUUUUUUAAGCUAUCUGAUCUUAUACUUUAUAUACAUGUUUUGAUAUACAUAUCUUGGACUAUUUUAUUAGCAUGCAUUUGUUUUGAUCUGUUGAUUUGUUUGUUACUUAGAUCUUUUUAAAGAUUUUAAAGAUGAAAAAUGGACAUUAAAAUUUGAAUUAAAUGCUA